GAAAUGCUUUUCACCGCCAAACCUAUUAGUGCUCAAGAUGCUCUAUUAUAUGGUCUAGUUAACAAAGUUGUUCCCCAUGAAGAAGUUGAAAGCGAGACGUUGAAAAUGGCGAAAGAAAUCUGUGAAUAUAGUAAAAGUGUUAUAGCCCUGGGGAAAGUUAGUUUUAAUGAACAAAUGAAACUGGAGAGAAAAGCUGCCUACCAGUUAACUGAAAAAAUUAUGAGUAGCAACCUACAGCUUCGAGAUGGUGACGAGGGCAUCAAGUCUUUCAUUGAAAAACGUAAACCAUCAUGGAAUCACGGAAUUGAUGGUGCAUUUCGCCAGUAA